UUCAAAUUGAACCAUAAAUUCUCCGUAGGACCAACGAUCUAUGAAUAAAUAAAAUCGAAGAUUUGUUUACGUUAUGGAGACGAUGCCCGACAGAUGCAGAACAUCCGCUGGUACCUAUUCGAAAAAAGGCCUCACCGAAGGAGAGCAUCCGGUUCGUUGAUUCCAAGCAAUACCUGGCCUUCGGAGAUUAGGGAGUUUUCCAGCGAUCACAAUUUGAAACCGCCCGAAGGGAAAUUUUCCGAUGAAUCGGUGGACGUUGCUGAAAUUACCGAAAUUCAUUAUCCCGAUUUUACGAGCUGCGGCGUAAGAAUUAAUAGCUGCAGAGAAAAAUCCAUCCCACUCAAUUCUCUAGGGAGAGGGGAGAUCGGUAGAGAUAAUUAUCAUACCGUGGAUAAUAAUUAUAAUGUAGAUAAUACCUCGACGUUGUCACAAAAUAAGAUCCGGAUCGAUAAUAUCCCGGUGGAAUUAGAAUCCCCUUCAUCCCCUACCCAAGGAGUAGCACACGCUGUAGAAGCCGAACAGAAAUUACAAAAGUUGAAGGAGUUACAGAGAAAACGGGAAUUAACCGAACGAUAUUAUUCCCAGGAGAUAAGAAAGUUGAUCGCCGAGUACUACAAGGACUCUAAAAUAACCGGAGAUGUAAUAAAUAGGAACAAAGAGACGUCACUUGCGAUAAAUACCGGCGCAAUAAGUCCGAAGAAGGCUUGCGGGGCAGCCGCGAAUCAAGGGGAUAACAAAAUUGUAAGCAAACCGAUCCAACCGACGAAAAAUAAUCCUCCGGGGGUCCUGAAGGCUCUCGAACCAUGCGGAACAAUGACGACGAUAACUCGUCUCGAUUGCGGUUGCAUGCAGGAAACUACGAGACCAAUAUUUACCACAUCCCACGGGAGGGUGGAAAAUCGAAAUUGUCGCCACGGAAGAAAUCCAGCGAUUCUAAAACUCGCUCCCUCCAAUCCCCAGGAACACUUGUCGUUAUCCAAUACAGAAACUAAAAGAAGAUCCUCGCAAAUACAAAAUUCUUCAUCCGGAAUAAAACAUCGGCCAGGGAUCAACUGCUACCUUCCCGCCUGCGGGAAAAGCCAGGAUUUGCCAAAAUUUUCACGUUCUAAAAACAAGGAUAAUGGUCAAGACAUUGAUCAGAAUAACGCUAGACAUAUUCUGAGGAGACCGGGAACCGCUAGCAGUUCUUUCAUCAUCAGGAAUAAUUACCAUCCCGAGGGAAUGAGAAACUUGUCACCGUUAAGAAAAUACACGGAUAGUUCCACCGAUUGAUUUCCACGUGGAUUUUUGAUUUCUAAUGUAUUUUUAUACGACUCGUCAAAUUGCUGAGUACAGAUAAAGUAAUAAUUACAUAAUAAUCAUAAUCAAAAUGAUAUUUCGAUCAAUCAAUCGAUCGAUCGUUCUUUAUUUAUUUGAGCUGUCAGAAUUUUUAUUUCACUCCUUCAGCUCGAGAGUCGCGUAAUGCUGUUACAAAAUUAUUCAGUGCAGUAAUUAAAAGGGAGAAAUCGGUAAAUAUUAUUAAUUGAAAGGGCAAAAAGAAAACGAAUCAUGGAAUCUUUCACAACGCGUUUAGUCGGGAUGUCCGUCAAGGCGGUAUUACAUUAUAUUUUCUACCGAAUAGCCGUCGUCGUAAUAUUUACUACAGUAAAUUUCGCCUCCGGAAUUUACUGCAAAUUAAUUCCUAAAAAAUUCGCCUCAAAUCCAACGUUAAAAAGCGAAGGGACUAAUUUGAAAUCGAAUCUCGACGAGCAGGAAUUAUACGACGAUGAAAAAUCUCAAACGAGGAAAUAUAAUGCAGCCGCAGAUCUUCAUAUGACGAAUAAUUGUCCAUCGCCCGAAUAAAUAAAACAUCAUUUGUUAUCGUCAUCGCAAUUUAUUUACAAACACCGCCGUCAAAAUUACACCGGUUCAGACGCAUGCGGCCCACCGAUUCGAUUAUAUAAAUUAUUCGUCUACGUCGAGCGUUGAUAAAUUAUAAGUUGAAAAUA